AUGUCGGACGAAGUACUAGAUGUCGUGCGCGAGCACCAUGAGCAGAGUGCGCACAUUGACGAGGGCAUUGGGCGCUAUACUGCAUACACCAUGCGGCUCAAGACGCUCAUCACCACGGGCUCGCGCUACAUCGCGUACUCGUCCGAAGUAGGCGAGGCGAUCCGUCCUCUGGCACGCCCUAUAGUCGUUACUGCCGCGUACGCUAUCAGCUGGGCGUACAUCUUUGGUGAUGUAGGCUACACGUGCUGGCAGGCCUCCAAGGGCAUGGACAAGGACUCGCCGACCAGGACGACGGACCUGGCGUGGAUCGCUGCGCGGCGUGGCACGUUCCAAACGCUCGCGUCGCUGUACCUUCCGGCCCUGACCAUCCACAGCAUCGUGCGCUUCUCGGGCCCGGUCUUUGCCAAGUUCCGGUCCGUGCGUGUGCGCGCGCUGGGUCCCUCGGUUCUUGGUCUGUUCACGAUUCCGCUCUUGCCGCUCCUGUUCGACCACCCUGUCGAAACGGCCGUGGAGAACGUGUUCGACUCGAUCGAGUUUCACAUUGCCGCGUGGAAGGGCGACAAGAUGGCACAAAAGUCGUUGGACGAGGGCAGUCUUCUGCGUGGCUACUACCUCACGACGCCCCAGGACGAGAGCGAGAAUGGUGUGUCGACGCACCUGGCCGGGCAGCUCGCGGUGCUGGGCCUUGGUGUGGAUAUGGUGUGCCUGCCGCGCAUGCAUCGCCUCAUUGCGCGCCAUGCCUCGCGCCUCACGCCCCUGGUGCGUCCGGCGGCUGUCGCGGCGCCGCGGUGCGCGCCUGCCGCGCCUGCGGACGACGCGCCUGCCUCCUCGCCGGUCCUGGCCAUGGCCGCGCGCCACUUUGCACGCCGCGUGCUGACGCCAUCGGAAGAGCUUGUAUAUCAGCGUGUCGCGCCGGGCCUCUCGCACGACGCCUGCAUGCGCUACCUUGCGACCAGGUACGUUCACCUCGGCUGA